AUUUUGGGCCAAGCCCACCCGAAAUAUGAGUAUGGGCCCAGGCCUAGGAAAAGUCUGGUAGGGGCAAGCCGGGAAAAGAAAAGUUUAGGGCUUACGCACAUUAGUCUUGUUCUGUUUGCAGAUCCGGGGAACGUAGGGUUUGGGAUUCUCCACUUACAGUCUCAAAUCCGAAAACAAAAUGCCUAAGCAGAUCCAUGAAAUCAAGGACUUCCUUCUCACCGCGAGAAGGAAAGAUGCGCGAUCUGUGCAAAUCAAGAGGACCAAGGAUGUUGUUAAGUUCAAGGUCCGUUGCUCCAAGUACCUUUACACACUCUGUGUGUUUGAUUCAGAGAAGGCUGAUAAGUUGAAGCAGUCUCUUCCUCCAGGUUUGCACGUGGUAGAUCCUCUUAAACAGUAAAAGGAUGGAGAACAAGGAUAGUCAAAUUGCUACUGAGUUUUGUGUGUUUUUUCUUUGUUCUUUCUAAUGCUUUGUUACAGUAGCUAAAACAUUUGAUGGAUGUAUUCUGGUAAUUCUAGGACAUGUUUCUUUUGCUUUUGGACAAGAGAGUUUAAAUUCAAUGUUUGGGAAAUUGCAAUUCUUACUGGAUCA